GAUGGUUUGGCACUUAAUUUUAGCCGUCAGAGUAUUUUUCUAGCUAAUAUUCACAAAGGUAGGAUGGGUCGCCACUUAAUUUCGUGUUGUGCGCAUGCGCAGAAACAACGGGUAGGAUGGUUUGUCAGGUAGGAUGGAUUCCCAAUGUACAUGUUGCUAGGCAACAUGUGCACGUAAAACAUACCGGAAUUUUGCGGUUAGCUCAAGCUAAAACGAAAUACGGGAUAAUUUCUCUGUGCUAACUCACAAAAAUGGCGGUCAGCGGCAGCAUAUCUGAUCAGAAAGUGGAGCUUCAGCGUAAAAUCAAACUUCUUGAGGGCGAAAGAACAGCAUGUUAUGAGAGGACUGAGGCCAUCACCAGGAAGCAAAAGGAGUUCAUCCGUCAGCUGAGGCAGGAGAACAAGAACCUGCGUAAACAGCUGGCAGAAACUAAGGCUCGUGAUGAACAUAUAAUCAAAGUGGCCUUUCAAAAAAGAGAUAUGGAGGGGAAGGCCUUCUGCAACAGCACAGUGAAGGAGGUCAAUGAAACACUAAAUGAACGAGUGCUGUUCAAGAGGAAGUGUAUCAAUGCCCUAAAACACACCAAUGAGAUCUACCAGUGCCGCUUCAAUCAACUGAAGAUGGAGUACCAGAGGCUGAAAUCAGAGAGCAGCAGCGGUAAAGUAUCCUCUGAUGCUCACACUUGGAAAAAAAUGGACGAUGCCAUGAAACUGCGGGCUCUGGAGAACGAUCUGGAGAAAACCCAGUUUAAAUGCAUGGAAGCUAAGAACAUCAUGAUUACCUAUCUGAAAUUCAAAAAUCACUUACAUGAGGAGAGUCUCACUUACAAGGGCCAGUUGGACUGUCUGGAAGCAGAAAUCCUGAAGCAAAGAGAGGAGAUGAAUAGGCUGCAGAUCACGAACAAUGACCAACAGCUCUCCAUAGAAGCUACUAAGGAUGAGUUGCAGAAGCGGGAGGAGCUGCUUUACAAGGACUGUAAGGAGAGGGCGCGUAUAAUAGCAAGUUACAGGAAAAAGGUUAAGGAAUGCAAGGCCCAGGCUGAAAAAGUCAAUAUAAGGGAUCAGAUAACUCUGCCAGAAAAACCAAGCGCUUUUGAGGAGGCCUUCAGGCGCAUCAGCGAGACCACAGGUGUCACAGACAUACAGGAGAUACUGGAGUGCUUUAACUCUCAGGAGGAGACACACCAGCAUCUGGUGAAACUGAAGGAGGAGAAUGAGAAAGUCCUGCUGCAGCUGAAGGAAGAGAAGGAGCUUCUGAGCCAACAGUUUGAGGAGAUGAAAUAUUCUAGACAGGCUAAACACUCUAGUGACCAGCAGGCCCUGCAGGAGUCUGAGCAGCACCUGCAGACUCAGCAGCAGAAGUGUGAUGCAGCCAAAGAGCGACUGGAUUGGCUCUUGAAGACUCUCCGCACUGCCCAAGCUGGAGUUGAGCACCUGGCCAACAAACUUCAACACAUCUCACUGAGUGAGGACACAGUUCCUGAAGUGCAUCCAGAUUCUGAUCACUUUGUUCUGGAGCUGAUGGCCCAGUGUGAGAAGAAAUUAUUGUCACUGCACAAAGAACUUCAGGGGAAGGAUGUGCCUGGUAUAUUGAAGGAGCUGGAAAAAAACAAGUUGUACAUAAGAAGUGAAGAAAAACUGUCAGAGUACAUCACCGGAGCCAAACCACCUGUGGAUCAAGCACAUGACCCCCUCCAUGACAAGAAUGAGACUGACGAGGACGAAGCGAAGGUCAUCACACGUGAAGCGCUGAAGCUUCAGUCUCAGCUAAUCACUGACUCCAACUCCAAGAGAAAGACCAAGAUGAAGAUGUUGAAGAAGAAGGGCAAGUUAUAAUCCGACAACACAAUCCUCAAUGUCUCCCAAAAACAUGAAAUAUAAAAUGGGAUGAUUGUGCCCAAGAUUUUCCACUACAAUUGUUUCACCUCUGUAAUUGUUAUUUUGUGUCUUAGCCGGUGCUAUAAAGAUAUUUAGUAUACAAUAAAUGAAAACAUGUAUUUUAACAGUAUAAGAGUAUUAAAUGAUUUUCAUAAAU